AUAAAGAAAAAUUAAAAAAUAAGAUUUUCGAUAAUAAGAAUAAUAAAAGUAGAUUAAAAAAUGGACGCACACUCAGAUCAAAAAUUAGCUUAAUUCAAUUAGAUUUUUGACUCCUUCGAAACUUAAUUCCAGGGACAAAAUGCCAAGCUAAAUGAAUCACUUGAACUCUUGCUUAAACUCCUCAAUAACAUUGGCUAGAAUCCUAUGGAUCAGAAGUAUCGUAAGAUAAAAUCUACAAAUCCAACUAUUAAAGAGAAGCUAUUUAGAUUGACUAAAGCAGGAGAACUCUUAAAACUCAUUGGAUUUGUUGUACACACUGAAAAUCAAGAUGAAUUUUAUGUACUUGAAGAUUAGCAUCUCAUGGAAUUACUUCCUUACAUUCAGCAUUUGCGUAAUCGAAUUGAACUCUUCGAAGCAAAAUAAGUAAGUUAGUAGGAAUACGAAAGAGUUUUGAACAUCCAGAAAAACCAUUAGCAUUUGCUCAAAAAGCACGAGGAUGAUAUGAAGAAGGAAGAAGAGUUGAAGUAAUAAAUGCAUUACGACAGAUAAGAAUACAAAACAGUUGAAAUAAAAGACUCGGUUGCUGUGAAUAUGCAAUCUGUAUAGUAAAAGCGUGACCAAAGUCCUAUCUAGCAUAUUUCUGGAGAUGCCGAUUUUAAUACAAAAGUUCUUUCAAAUAACAAACCAGUUAUAGUUGAUUUCUAUGCAGACUGGUGUCCUCCAUGCAAAAAAUUAGGUGAACUUAUUGAAUCAGAGCUAUCUAAUUCAAAGACCGUUGUUGUAGCCAAGAUUAACUGCGAUGAUCCAAAUAAUGCUGGUAUCAAGUAGCGUCAUGGUGUAUCAGGAAUACCUGCUGUUUUCUUCUACCACAAGGGAUAAUAAUUAUCACAAUACAAUUUUACAGGAUUUAAUCCAAAUGCAUUACAAAACGCUAUUUAAAAGGCAAACUAAUUAUCUAAAUGA